GCGGCCCGGGGAGCCCAUCACGGACGUGGCCGUGAUCAUCCGCUCGCAGGGCGAGGAGGUGCCGCAGGGAUUCACCUGCAUCGAGACCACCACGUCCGGACACCCCGUGGAUCUCAACGCGGGGCUGCUCAACAACCCCCAAAUGUUCCUGUGCUACAAACGCGGCAGGGACAAAGCGCCCCUCAUCGAGCUGGGGGUGCACUAUGAGGGCAAGGACCGGCCCAAGCCGGGCUACCAAAUCCUGGACACGACUCCCUACAGCCGCUCGGCCAACCUGGCCUCGGGCUCCCCGGGCCACCAGCGCACGUUCCUGACGUUCCGGCGCGCGGCCGAGCCCCCGGGCCACCACACGCUGGGGGUCACCGACAUCUGCCUGGUGAUGCCCAGCAAGGGCGAGAGCACCCCGCACACCUUCUGCCGCGUGGACAGGAACCUCAACACCAGCAUG